GUCACAACUGUCAUAACAUUUUAUUUCUGACAAACUAACCUAACAUUUUAAAUCUUUAUAAACAGUUAAUAAAUAGUGUUUGUGUUUUGGCUAUGGCUCCAAUAAAGUUGCAGACGAAUGCAGCUGCUGAUGAUAGUGAUGGAGAUGUGUCGGGUGGUGAAACUGAUCGAUCAAAUACUAGCAGAGAAAAUGAUGGGGGCCGCGAUUCUAGCGAUGUCGACGAGGCUGACUCUGACGAUAGCUCUGAAAUGGAUGAGAAGGAAUGCGAGGUGCGACGAAACGAAUGUAUGGAAAACCUUACUGAUUUAGAAGAACAAUUCUCAAUGCUACGUGAGCAAUUAUAUAAAGAACGGAUUGCCCAAAUUGAUCAUCAACUGUCUGAAAUAAAGAGUGAGAGAAGUCAAGAGUACUUGGUGCCUUUAUCAGAGUUAAAGGAAAAUAUGAGAAUUAGGACUGAAGUAGCUGGUAUACUUCGACAGUUAAGGUUGGACAAUAUUCAACAUAAAUUUGAUGCUGAAGAGCAAGCUGCUUUACAACAUCUCAAAAGUGAGAAAUCAUUGGCCAGAGACUUCUAUGAAGAUGAAUUAAAUGAAACUAUUAGAAAGUUGGAGGAGGACAGACACAAUGUAGAAAUUAAUUGGGGUGAGGGUGGUGAAUGGUGCUCCAGAUCAAGAUCAAGGUCCAGGAGAAAGGCUGUUACAGUUUCUGGUCCUUACAUAGUCUAUAUGCUUAAACCACAAGAUAUCAUUGAUGACUGGACUACUAUAAGGAAAGCCUUAAAACGAACCACUUGAUAUAAGGUUUAUCCUCGAUAAUGUGUUGUUAAUUUCUUUGUUUUGAACUUAAAUUGAACUGAGAUCUAAAAGUGAUCAUGAAUAUUAAUUUUUGUUCUAGUUUUGUAAUAUUUGUAAUUCAUUGACUUGAAGAAAUUAUUAAUUUUUAUAAAAUGUACCAUAAUGUUUAGUGAUUUUAACUUAUCAAAUUAUAAUAGAUAAAUAUAUUAAUUGUAUAAA